AUGAGGUCAAUUGACCUGGCCAGCCGCUCUGGAGCGGUCCUAAGACAUGCCCUCCAACGACCGCAGGUCCGAUGCCUCUCGGGCAGGCGCUCAUUGUCGACAGGCCCUCCACUUCCUCCGAUCUACGAGACGCUUUACACGAAGUAUGCCGAAGUGCGCCGAGUUCUUGGAACCCAGAGACUCACCCUGGCCGAGAAGAUUCUUUACAGCCACCUCGAUAAGGUUGAGGAGACUCUCCUAACCAACACCAACAAUGGUCGUGACAUCCGGGGCAAGGCCAAUCUCGGCCUCAAGCCUGAUCGAGUCGCCAUGCAGGACGCCUCUGCGCAGAUGGCCUUGCUCCAAUUUAUGUCCUGCAAUCUCCCACAGACGGCGAUCCCAGCGAGCAUACAUUGCGAUCACUUGAUCGUUGGCGAGCGUGGUGCAGACGAGGAUCUUUCGGCGGGUAUGCAGGUUAAUCAGGAGGUCUUUGACUUCCUCGAGUCUGCGGCAAAGAAAUAUGGCAUUGACUUCUGGCCGCCCGGAGCUGGUAUCAUUCAUCAGACUGUGCUGGAGAACUACGCACGACCAGGUUUAAUGAUGCUGGGAACUGACAGUCAUACACCUAACGCUGGUGGUCUCUGUACAAUCGCUAUUGGUGUUGGCGGUGCCGAUGCUGUUGAGGCGCUCGUUGGUGCUCCCUGGGAGCUCAAGGCACCCCGAAUUCUGGGUGUGCGCCUUACAGGGAAGCUUAAUGACUGGGUUGCACCGAAGGAUGUCAUCCUCCACCUCGCUGGAAAGCUGACCGUCCGAGGCGGUACGGGAUUUAUCAUUGAAUACUCUGGUCCUGGUGUCGAGACCCUUAGUCUUACGGGAAUGUCUACAAUCUGCAAUAUGGGAGCCGAGGUUGGAGCUACAACUUCUAUUUUCCCCUUCACGGCAGCUUCUGGCCGGUACUUGGAAUCAACUAGAAGAGGCGACCUCAGCAAAGCUGCUUCCGUUUUCGAGAGCUUCCCUGGUGUAGGCUCUUCAGAAGACGCUUAUUUCAAGUUCAAGGCCGACGAGGGUGCCGAGUAUGAUCAGCUUAUUGAAAUCAACCUAUCCGAGCUCGAGCCACAUAUCAACGGUCCUUUCACUCCUGAUCUGUCCACUCCUCUGUCGCAAUUCAAGCAGACUGUACAAGAAGAGGGAUGGCCCGAGACUGUCUCUGCUGGCCUCAUUGGUAGCUGCACCAAUAGCUCAUACGAGGACAUGACCCGAGUCGAGAGCAUCGUUAAGGCUGCAGAGGCAGCUGGACUCAAGCCCGCGACUAGCUUCUACGUGACACCUGGCAGCGAGCAAAUUCGUGCGACUCUCGAGCGAGACGGUACUCUGGAGACAUUCGUCGACGCGGGCGGUAUUGUCCUUUCCAACGCUUGCGGCCCGUGCAUUGGUCAGUGGAAGCGUCAGGAUGGAAUGCAAAAAGGCACACCUAAUGCUAUUUUCACAUCAUACAACCGAAAUUUCCGUGGAAGAAACGAUGGAAACUUAGAGACUAUGAACUUCCUUGCUUCUCCGGAAAUCGUCACUGCUAUGGCUUUUGCUGGCUCUACCACCUUCAACCCCAUGACGGAUUCUCUGCAAACGCCUGACGGCAAGGAGUUCCGCUUCCCAGCUCCGAAGGGUCUUGAGGGUCCCAAGACACCGUUUGACCUUGGCAACAAGACAUUUGGGGUAUUAUCCCAGGCGCCAGAUGCCAACGUUAAGGUAGCUAUCUCUCCGACCUCAGAGCGACUUGCUCUGCUAGACCCCUUCGACGCCUUCCCUAAGUCCGAUCUGUCUGGCCUGAAAGUGCUUGUCAAGGUCACUGGCAAGUGCACCACCGACACGAUUUCAGCUGCCGGCCCGUGGCUCAAGUACAAGGGCCACCUGCCGAAUAUCAGCACCAACACACUAAACACCGCCGUUAACGCCGCCACCGGCGAGGUGAACGUCGCAUACGACGAGGACGGCUCCAAGCACACCAUCCCGGAACUAGCACAGCUCUGGAAGGAGCGCCAACAGCCGUGGCUUGUUGUCGCCGAGCACAACUACGGCGAGGGUAGUGCUCGCGAGCACGCCGCCUUGCAGCCGCGCUACCUCGGCGCCAGAAUCAUCGUGGCCAAGUCUUUUGCGCGUAUCCACGAGACCAACCUGAAGAAACAGGGUGUCGUGCCGCUGACGCUGGCUAAUGAGACCGACUACGACAAGAUCGACGCGUGCGACGAGGUCGCGACCGUGGGUCUGUACGACAUGCUUCAGAACGGUGGCCAGGGCGACGUCAGUCUGCGGGUGACGAAGAAGAACGGCGAGGAGGUCCUGAUUCCCACGAAGCACGCCGUCAGCAAGGACCAGGCCCUGUUCAUCCUUGCGGGAAGCGCACUGAAUCUUUUGUCCAAGGGUCUAUAA